AUGACUGGCAAAGGAAAGUCCAUGGGUGGAAAAUCUGGCGGAAAAGCCAGUGGUGAUGGCGUCCACAAGACACAAAUCUCGCAUUCGCAACGGGCUGGUCUGCAGUUCCCAUGCGGUCGUGUCAAGCGUUUCCUCAAGAGAGAUACCCAGGGUCGUAUGAGAGUUGGAGCUAAAGCUGCUGUUUACGUCACUGCCGUUCUGGAGUACCUUACUGCCGAAGUUCUCGAACUCGCUGGUAAUGCUGCAAAAGACUUGAAGGUCAAGCGUAUCACACCUCGCCACUUGCAGUUAGCUAUCCGUGGAGACGAAGAACUGGACACCCUCAUCCGAGCUACUAUUGCCAACGGUGGUGUUCUACCUCAUAUCAACAGGGCUUUGUUGCUCAAGGUCGAGAAGAAGAAGAAGGGCGGUGCCACUUCAUCUUGA